ACAAAUGAAGAGUGUAUGUAAAAUGGCUGUCUUGCUGGCCCUACUCCUGGGCUUCCUAGACUCUUCGCUAGUAGUGGGACAGAGGGUCAAGGAACCAGAAAUAGGACCUCCAGUGGAAUGCAGCGGAAAUCAUUUCAUGACUGCUGAUGAAAACUGUGUCACCUGUACUGAAUGUCCUCCAGAUUUAAUUGUCAUUAAAUUAUGUGGUCCAAAGAGCGACACUAAAUGUGGACCAUUUGUAGGCUUUUCUUUCCAGGGAUCACAAAGAUCACAGCAUGUGUUGUCUGAAGAUCCUACAUACAAAAAUAAUAAAACACUGCACAAGUAUGACCUUGUGGAAAAAAGUGACAUGGAACACUGGCGUCAGUUGGCCUUCUCCCUGAUUGGAGUGUUAUGUUUACUGGUUGUCGUAGCUACGGUCAUUGUUUUUGUGACCUAUGCCAGAUUUCUCAAGUAUCGUCAGGCAAAGACAAGGCAGCCUUCGUCUUCAGAAAGAGGUGAAAUGGAAGGGGAAUAUGUUGUAAUACAUCGACGUCCUUCUGGCUAUGUCCCAUCAUCUCUGGAAGAAUUUAACCAAAUCUCUAAUGGUUCUCCCGCGUCCCCUCUCCUAGAAAGCAUGUCUCAAAAUACCUCACAUCGUGGACCUGAUCGGUACUCCCGACUUCCACGACGCAAUAACUAUCGUCCACAGAGAAGACUUCUGAAUGAAUAUGUUGAUGAUGUGUUUGAGUCUGAUAAUAGUGAUGGGUCAAGAUCAUCUGUGAUUAGGGGUCACCUACAGACAAUUCCAGAGACACCUGAUGGGGAUGUCUAGGUCUCUGAAAUAUCAAAAACUGUAUGAUGAGAAAUCCGACUGCAAGUCAAGAUCUCUAGAAUGUUUGGUUGUGAGGUGGACAGCAAUACAGCAGUGUAUAUAUAUUUAAAUGCGAUGUAAAAAGUGUGUAUAUAAUGAUUUUGUAUACUAUGUGUUAAAAUGAGAUAAUUACGUUUUUAUAUGUCUGAAAGAUGCCAUGGUUGUAUAGGAAAGUGUUAAUGUGUAAUUGCAUGUAUAUUCGACAUAUUAUUUAUUGUUGGGAUAAUUAGCAUACAUGUGCAGCAUUACUGAGACCUAAAGAUUGUGAGAAGUUUUUAGAGCAAAUUACUUAAAGUAGACUUUACAAAACUAUGAAAUUAUGAUACUUUUUACUUGUAAUUUAGGUCAAUGUAAACAUUUGCAUUUUUUUUUUUUUUUUUUUAGUUUAGUA